AUGAGGGGCCUGCUUGUAGCCGUCUCUCUGAUCAUCAUCUGCAAGGAUGUUGUCAGUGGAGACCCCGGCUCCAGUAACAUCAGUGAGCCGUUCCUAUUGGUUGCUGACAAGAAUAGAAAUAUCAUUCUUCAAGUUAACAUCACUUCCGGAUCGACCACCACGCUUCCGCUCGGAGAUGUAGGAGCGCCCAGAACCCUGGACUACGACCCGCUCACGGACUACGUGUACUGGUCAGAUGACAGGCAAAAAAUCCACCGGGCUCGUCGUGAUGGAAGUGGCAGGGAGACCAUCUUAAACAUCAGCUAUGUCGAUGGCCAGGCGUUGGACCAUGCUAGAGGGGAUAUCUACUGGACUGAGUAUUAUGAAAACACCAUCUCUGUAGCAAAGAUGGAUGGAUCGUCAAAUAGAACACUUCUGACGUCACCAGCCGUCAACCAGCCUCUUGGCCUGGUCCUGGACCCCAGAAAUGGACUCAUGUACUGGGCGGACGAGAGUAAUGCCAGAAUUGACCGUGCUGAGAUGGACGGCAGUAACCCAACCACCAUCAUCACGGGCGUGAAUAAUCCCCGCGCCGUUACAAUAGACUAUAGAGAGAACCGGCUGUACUACUCUGAUGAUGACCGCAUGUACAGCUCAGACCUGCUGGGUAACGAUAUCCAACAACUGCUGUAUGAAGACGGGAAGGAUGUGGAGGGGAUUGCUGUUGACGAGAACUACGUCUACUGGUCGUCUACUUGGUAUGAUUCAUCAUAUCAAGGGAAAGUUGGAAUGUUAUCCAAGUCAAACUUGACCAAGACUGUCCUGGUGGAGGGUCUGUCAUGGCCAUGGGGCAUCUGUCUGUCCACGGCAGCGCCUCCUGGCGUCACUACUGUGAUCCCUACAACUCCAUCACCAACAACUGUGGAGCGAACCACAACUCCAGUCAGCACACAUGUGACUGUGGAGCGAACCACAACUCCAGUCAGCACACAUGUGACUGUGGAGCGAACCACAACUCCAGUCAGCACACCUGCUACUGUAGUGCAAAGCACAACUCCGGUCACUGCACUGUUGCAAGGCAUUUCUGUACUAGGUUGUCCAUCGGGUUACACCGCACAUGGAGGUUCGUGCUUCAAGGCGUACAACCAAGAAAAAACCUACAGUCAGGCCAGACAGGUGUGUGCAGCGGACGGGGGGCUCCUCGCCAUGCCAAAGGACAUAGACGUAGACGGUUUCUUGAUGGACCUCAAGAACGCCCUGGAUCCUUUCUGGUUCGGCCUGAACAAUCAGAACGGAGAAGGAGAGUGGGCGUGGGAAGAUGGGACUCCCUUCAGCCCAACCGCAGACUGGACUGGGUGGCAGCCGGGGGAACCCAACAGUAACGGAGAAGGCUGUGUCAACCACCUCGGGGCCGGAUGGAACGACGCGCCGUGCUCGUCCGCAUUCAACUUCAUCUGCCAGCUGAAGAACGCGAUCCGCUGCCCCCUCGGGUACUUCCGGUGCGGACACGGACAUGCCUGCACCCUGACCUGGAGGCGGUGUGACGGGAGGACGGACUGUUCGGACGGGAGUGACGAGGACGGUUGUGAGUGCCUGCCGAUUCCUGUGGAUUUCAACCUCGGCGGUAGACUUACAAUGUUACCCAAUCAGCUGGGUCAGACGACGUUUGAGGAGAUACAGAAUUCCUCUAGAUCUGUCGUGGAGCUGCUCAACUGUUCGCCCACAAAUGGACAGAGCCGACACCCCGAGUUCCGGGAAUUCGCAUCUACAGUGAUUUUUCCGCGAUGUGCUGUACCCAAAGAGAACGACACUACCUGCUCUUUGUAUCAUCAUGCAGACAACGCGACCUCGUGCAUGAACAAACCACUGCUACCGUGCCGUUCGUGGUGUGAGGAAGUCCUGAACAUGGCUGAUACCCAGAUGAAGAAGCUGUUCCCUACCUGUGACUUGUUUCCACCACCACAGCACGGCUGUUGGAACCCUGAACCAGCGACUAGGAACGGCGAAGUUUGCUACCACGGUGGCGGCAUGAACUACCGCGGGAAACGGAGUACAGCCAAGUCUGGGGCAGAGUGUGUGAAGUGGUCCGCUGCGCAGGAAGGGUUCUACACAGCCGCGUACCCCUGGGCUAACAUGGAUAACAACUACUGCCGUAACCCUACCGGUCUGGGGCAGCCAUUUUGUCUGGUGGAAGAUGGCAGCCAGCAGGAAUGCGACGUGAUUUCCUGCAAUACGAGAGGCUGCUGGGACAUCGGUCCUCCUAACUACGGCAAUAGAAGCCCUAUGAAGAGGUUCUACAACGUGGGAGAGAGGAUCGCCUUCACCUGCAACGAGGGGUACUACAUAAAGCCCGGGUAUCCUACCGAAGUGAGAUGCGUCGAAGGAGGCAUAUGGCAGGAUAACAAGCCCAGUUGUUCAGUGAAUUUCGAGGGACGGCUGAAAGGCGAGCUGCUCGAUGUGUACAAUCUCAACCUGGCACCUGACCCUGACAGCCGUACCCAGUCGGUGAUCCGUACUCAGACAGACAACCCUAACGAGACAGAUAAGACUGAGAGCCGCAUAGAGACUGACAACCCUACCGGCACUGGGAACCCUACCGACACUGACAACCUUACCGACACUGACAACCCUACCGAGACUGACAACCCUACCGGCACUGGGAACCCUACCGACACUGACAACCGUGCUGAGACUGAUGAGAACCCUACCGAGGCGGAGACCCCUACUCGGAUUGAGAACCACAUCCAGCCCGUUAUCAGCUUUAAUGGAUCUGUAAAACAGAUCGUCGACCUGGAGGAAAAGAAGGAGCAGCUGGUUUCCUCUGUCGUCAUCCAUUUUACAUGGCAGGACAGCCGGCUGAGCUGGGAUCCAAAGUACUACGACAACAUCUCGACUAUCAGCGUCCAGGGUAGCAGGAUCUGGACCCCUACACUUACUCUGAAGAGGAAUGCUGAUCCUCUCUACCAAGGCCUACCAAAGGACGUACCGGUUUGGCUCAGUAGCAAUGGUCAGGUAACCUGGAAGGUAGAAACCCUGACCACCACCAUGUGUGAUGCGGACCCCUUCUACUUCCCUGAAGACACCAUGGAAUGCAACAUCUGCUUUGCUGCAUUUUCUGAAAUCAUCGAAUGUCAAGCUGGCACUCGCUGUGGCGUCCUGUCUGCUCAACAACUGGAGGGCGAAUGGUAUCGGAAGGACAUGCUCUUCGCAAAAGACAAGACGGAGGCAUGCUUCACUGUUCAGCUGGAGAGGAUCCCGCUGUUCCACAUCGCCACUACUAUUGGACCCUGCGUCAUCCUGGUGGCGCUGAUGGUCAUCACAUUCGUCAUGCCACUGGACAGGGGGGACCGGAUCUCGUUCGGAGUGACCAUUCAACUCUCCAUGGUGGUGUCUCUAGUGUUCGUGACGGAUGUGCUUCCUGUCAAGGGGGCGCUGCCAUUUGUCGCCACGCUGAUUGUCGUGUGCAUGGCGCUGAUGGGACUUUUCCUCUUCUUCACCUUGGCCAUUAUCAUCAUUCACGACAGGGAGGGGAGCCUGUCUCCAAUGGCGAAGACCUUCUUUCUCCGCUUCAUGGCAACGUGCCUUCUGCUCGGAGACCUGACAGAGAAGAAGGUUGGAAGCGACGAUGGAGAGACUGGCUCCAGCAGCAAGAAGCGGACCAACCGCGUCCCCCCUGCCGAUGACAUGGCGGUGGUCGACGUGCACAUCCCGGGUGAUGUCCGCGAGACCGCCCGCCAGCCGCCCGCGCCGCCCACGCGCCUGGAGGCCGCGGUCUCACGCCUGGAGGUUGCUGUGUCCUCCGCCUCCCGUAACAUGGAGGAGCUGGCCGAGGCCAUGAAGAACGAGCAGGAGGUGUCUGACUACACCCUGCUAGCUAAGGUCCUGGACAGGCUCUGCCUUGUCAUGUACGUCAUCAGCAUUGCCGUGGCCGUGCCCAUGACCAUGUAUCUGGGCAAGUAA